UGCACUUAUAUUCACUAUGCCGAAGUGCGGACAUGUCACCGUACGUGGGAAAGCAUCUCAUGUAUAAGUCAUUUUUUGCGCUGGUAGCAGUUUUUCCUACACUCCCUCAUCACUUCCCCCAACGCUAAUCGCUGCUAGCUAGACUUGCGUCUGCAACCCGUACGUUAUGGACAAGCUUUCCACGGAGCUCGAUGCAAACAUAGCUGAAUGCCUUUCUGGAGACGCUCAGGCCCUUAGCGCCCUUUCGCGGGUCUCAAAGUACUAUAAAGCUGUGGCAGAGCCCUUCCUCUACGAGGAGAUAGCCAUAGCUGACUCUCGACACAGCGCGAUAAAGUCUCUGCUCCUCACUCUCCUCAAUCGUAAUGGACUUGCUCUGCGCAUUAAGAGCUUUUCUCUUACAAUGGGGGGCCGUGGCCCCCCUCCGCCGCUUCGAACUGAUCUUGGAGAAGCGUUCAAGGGGACGUUUAGCCACAUGCAGAAGAUCGGCGACAAGAUUCAUGAGAUGGUCCGACCGACUACAACACCUGAUAUCGCACUCGUGCUGGAUUGGGUCCGGCAGGUGCUUGAUCCAGCGCCACACGCCGACGGGGCCUUAGCGCUCGUCUUGUGCAUGGCUAACAAUCUUGAGAGCCUCUCCCUCUACGGCACCUAUGGACGCCGCCCGAAUACCACUCUCAGCGUCCUUCAACUUCCAUGGCAGUUAGGCCGCGGACCAAAUGAGGACUAUCCAUUCCGCAAGCUUAAGCACUUCCACUUUAAUCAUGUGGUAUGGGACCGUGAGCCCACAGAUAUUCCCACUCCGUUAUCACUAAAGUCCCUCCACAUUGAGGGGACCGGCUACUGGCGACGGGGCCAUACCAAACUCCCUUUACAUUUCCCCUUAUCAGAGCCCUUCACUCCAGGCUUAUCUACGCUCGUUCUGGAGGAUGACAACGACUUUGCGCCCGAUUUCAUGGAGCGUACUCUUGCAUCGCCCUGGUUUCGUAAGCUGAAGCAACUUAUCUUAAAAACCAAGGAGGGUUAUUGCGGUCAGCUGCUCAACGACUACGAUCCUUCCAGGCUAGUGCGCGCCAUGGAAACGCAUGUCCCCGAGCUUGAAGUCUUUGAAUGGACACGCCACCGCCUAUGGCCGACCUCCGCUCGCGGCAAAGGUCCCAAGUUCGACUCUUUUAAGGGCCUCAAUAAGCUGCAUACCUUACGGCUUGCCAGCGACCUCCUCAUUCCUGACUCAGACACGCUCGGUGUAACAAUUUCUAAGAACCCUUAUGCUGUCUUUCCCGCCAGCCUCCAAUAUUUGGAGCUCACAAACCUCUGCCGCGUAGGUCCACUCGUCGAAGGAUUCUACCGACACUUUAAUAUUGGCCGAGCGGAUGGUGAGGGAUUCUCUGUCCUCGACGCACUCAAACGCCUUCUUGCUACCUUCCCCCUGAAGGGCCUCACUCUCAGAGUCAUGAAAUAUGACGAUUUUGGCACUCUAUUGUCUGACUUCUCUAGCAAAGACGAACUUGAGCCGCAGACCGUCUUCUUCCUUCGGUAUGCGGCGGAUCAGCUCGCCAAGCUUGGAACGCGCCUGGAUGUGUAUAUGAUGAUGGGUGUGGACGAGGAUAGGCUUCUAAUUCGGCCGGGAUAUACAGCGCCGCGACCUCACUCAAUAGAUUGGCUUCAUGAGUCUUAAAGUGUCGGUUCCCUGAGCGGCAGCCGUGCGGAGCGCGGCGUUGCUUUUGUUCAUUACCG